GUUCCAUACACCUCCACCUUAUGUUUUCCAUGGUUGGUUUGGGCCUUGGCGGUGCCUCUGACAUCACCCUCAAAGGCCUGGAAACGGUUAAACAGGCGGACAUCGUCUUUCUUGAGGCCUACACCUCCUUUUUGAUUAGUACCAACAUUUGCGAGCUCAGCGAACUUUACGGACGUCAGGUUUUAUUGGCCGAUCGCGAAACCGUGGAAAGUGGAGUGGUUUUGGAAGAGGCCGAUACGAAAAAAGUGGUUUUGCUCGUCGUCGGGGAUGUUUUUGGGGCCACAACUCAUUCUGAUCUGGUCGUUCGCUGUCAUGAAAAAGGCAUUCCAUGCAACGUCGUGCAUAAUGCCUCAAUUAUAAAUGUGGUAGGGUGUUGUGGAUUACAAUUAUAUCGCUUUGGGCAAGUGCUUUCGCUUUGUUUCUGGACGGAAACAUGGCGACCGGAUUCGUGGUAUGAAAGACUACAAAGUAAUCGAAAAAGCGGUCUUCACACACUACUACUGUUGGAUAUCAAAGUUAAGGAGGUCUCCGAUGAGGAUUUGGCGCGGGGGCGAAAAAUCUACCAGCCCCCUCGUUAUAUGACGAUUAAACAAGCCAUUGAGCAAGUUUUUGAAGUGGAAAAUACAAAAAAAGGAGGUGCGAUUGCGGCGGAUGGAAGUAGUUUUGCCGUUGGCCUCGCGCGAGUUGGAUCCUCCACCCAACAAAUCGUUGCCGGCAGCAUGAAGGAGCUCCUGGAGGUGGAUUUCGGCCCUCCUUUGCAUUCGUUAAUUAUCGCUGGAGAUGUUCACGAGUGUGAAUCGGAGCAUGUGAACCUUUUUAGGAUCAAUAAUAAAACAUAAAACUAAUUUAAAAGAAAAAAUAGAAAAGGAUCAUGAGCUCACAAAUUGGUAAUCUAUAACCCUAACAUACAAAAAAAGAGGGGGAACUAUGAUUCUGAUAAUAUCUCAUUCGCCCUGAAGUGCUUAACAAAAAGUAUCAAUCGUGUUGGAAUAAAUUCGACAGCUUCCAUUUAUCAUGGAUUGAAGUUAUUUAUUUAUCCACAUGAUGGAGUUUGGCGAUUAUUAUAAUUAUUAACUAUCAAGCUUGCAAUUUUACUAUUCUUUACGCAGCUUCCGAGGCAUCCUUUUGAAGGUACCGAAUAUGCUAACAUAACUUGUAUACAGGAAGCUUCAUGAAAAAUGAACACUCAUAACAAACUUUACUA